AUGGCACAUCUCCUUCGAGGAAAACAAGCUGGCAUCCAGAACGACCUCUCAGCCGGUCUGGACAGCUCUCUCUUCAACAUUGACGAUAUUGCCCGCUUUGGCGUGAACUCACAAACAUCAUGCCUCGCCUACGAGCCGGUUCAGUCGCUGCUGGCAGUCGGCACCAAGAACUCUCAAUUCGGCCCUGGCCAGAUCUACGUAUUCGGGCGCGACAGGAUCCAAGUAACCCUCGAACUACCCUCUCGAGGUGCUAGCGUUCAGGAGCUGCAGUUCUGCGCGGACAAGUUGAUAUGCUUGACCACGAAGCACGACAUAUGCGUCUACUCGCUCGAGCUGAAGAGGCUCAUCACCUCACAUUCUCCACCCGGUGUGGUGACGGCGCUAUGUACGGAUCCUAUGCUUGAUUAUGCCUUCCUUGGCAUGCAAACGGGUGAUGUCCUCGCCUAUGAUCUGGAUCGAGAGAACCUCGCGCCCUUCAAGAUUCCUAUGCUAUGGCAAGAAGUGGACCCCAGGGCGCGAGUAUCUUCGGUGGUCUCACUACAACUGCAUCCGCGAGACGUAGGUCAGCUCCUCAUCGGAUACGCCAAUGGUGCGGCUAUCUUCAGUUUCAAGCUGAACAAGGCCACGCGCUUCUUCCGUUACGAAGUCCCACGCGGAGCACCUGGUGGCGAUGGCGAUCCUGCCGCUGCCAACAUGGUCAGGUUUCCGAAGCUGACUCAAGCUGUCUGGCACCCGACCGGCACCUUCAUCUUGACGGGUCACGAGGACAGUUCGCUUGUCUUUUGGGACACCUUGAAAGACGGACGAAUGCUUAUGGCUCGAACGUUGACAGACACAAACGUAGCAACACCUGGAGCACCAUCUGGCAGCAUGGGUGGCUCUAUGGCGGUCAAAGAACCAUUGUUCAAGAUUUCGUGGUGUGCAAAUCAGGAUCCAGAAGACACCGCCAUUCUCAUAGCAGGAGGCGCUUCGACCCAGGCGCCCUCGAAAGGUCUGACACUCUUCGAAAUGGGGCGAACGCCUGUCUACGCCACCAGCAGCUGGGAAGCGUUCGUGCAAUACUUCGAGUCACCCAAGCGGCAGCGUAUCCUUCCCACGCCUCCAGGAGCUGAAGUGGUUGGACUUUGCCCCAUCCCGCGAUCCUCUCCGCAUUUCGCUGGUGGUCACGAUCCCAUUGCCAUAAUCGCGCUUCUGUCAUCUGGCGAGAUACUGACGCUCACGUUCCCUUCUGGCAUGCCGAUAAGUCCUACCAACCAGCUUCAUCCCUCCUUGACUCUGGUACACCCCUUCGUCAAGAAGGUAAGCAUGGCUCAGGCGGGCAGGGAGAAGUGGCUCGGUCUGCAAGAGAGACGCCAGCAAGGCCCUCAGAUGUUGAAGGGCGGCGCGGAGCUGCCCAGAUCUAUGCGUCGGCACGAGAAAAGAAAUAUCUUGCAGACAGUCCACGCUGACGGCACGAUUCGGAUGUGGGACCCAGGCCACGGAGACGAGGUUGAGAACACCACGUUACUUCAGCUAGAUGUCGGACGAGCUGUUGGCAGCUUCGAUAGGGUCAACGUCACCCAGACUUCUCUUGCGGGCGAGAGUGCUGAACUGGCUGUGGGCAUGGCAAGUGGUGAGCUGAUCAUUUUCCGAUGGGGCACCAAUCGAAAUGCCGGCAGAGAGCCUCCUCAACCCAGGCCCAACCAGCCAGGAGCCCUCACGAACGUUACUGAUCGCGUGGAGCCUUCGUUGAGCGAGGGGCUAAUACCAUUCACUCUUCUGGAUCAGCGGGAUGGUCCGGUGACAUCCGUCAAGAUGAGCGAGAUAGGCUUUGUCGCAGCCGGGUUUGAGGGUGGCAGUAUCGCAGUUGUCGACUUGAGAGGUCCAGCGGUGAUCUACUCGGCUUCAGUGCAUGACUUCAACCGUGGCCAGCACAAGGGCAGCAUUCGGCGGAAGGUGAGCACUUCCAGUGGUGGUCCUGCUGUCAAACAAGAGUGGGCUACAAAUCUCGAGUUCAGCAUCAUGACGCUUGAAGGCGAGGACUAUAGCAGUAUACUACUGCAUGUUGGCACGAAUCUCGGGCAUCUGGCAACGCUCAAGAUCGUACCAGAUGCGAGUGGCAGGUACACCGUGCAGUUGGCCGGUGUCCCAGCUCUCGACAAUAAGGUGCUGCACAUCUCGCCAAUCGAUGCAGAUACUGGCCACCCGGCUCGCGCUUCGCAGAAUGCAAUGGCAGCACUGCGUACCGGUCACAGGGUCAACGGAGCGCUUCUCGCUGUCACACCCACCAGCAUCCACAUCUUCAAGCCUGCGACUGCGAAAGGCGCCCACAAGUCCUUCGACAGCUUCUUCUGCGACUCUGCUUCUAUCAUCCGCUACCAGGACCAAGGCUACGCCCUCCUCGGCCUCUUCGGCGAUGGUAGCGCUCGAGCCUUCUCCAUCCCCAACCUCCGCGAGAUCACCUCCAUCAAAGUGAACGACAUACUCGACGUCCGACGCUUCAGCGAUGCAGUCAUCGGCCCUACCGGCCACGUCAUCGGCUUCACAGGUCCGUCAGAACUCGCCCUCAUCAACGUCUUCGGCACCGGCGAGUCCCUCGUCCGCAGCCAGGACAAACUCUUCAAUCCUGACGCUCUCAUCCCGCCUCGUCCUACCAUCUCCAACGUCCAAUGGAUCACAGGCACGCAGUACGUCACGCCCGCCGACCUGGACCUCCUGAUCGGUGGACCCAACCGCCCGCCCUCGAAACGAAUGAUCGAGCAAGCGCGCGCGGACGAGCAGCAGCGGCGACAGGCGGGUCGGGCAGGUGCGAGCUCCAGCUCGGUGAAUGUGUCGCAGCAGGAUGAGGGAUACUGGGCGUACAUGCAACGGCAGAUUCAGGAGAGGACGGAGAAGUUGGGGAUGGCGAAUGAUUCGAUGGAUAAUUUGGAGCAGAGUAGUCAGAACUGGCUGGAUGAUGUGAAUAAGUUUGUGGGAAAGCAGAAGAGGAAUGCGGCGGGCAGUAUACUGAAGGCCAAGUUUGGGUUUUAG